CGUUCGAACAAGAGCUGUCAACAGUACAGACUCCCGCGUGAAAAGGGGGGGGGGGUGGAGAUUGCGCUGUCAUGUGAUGAGCUAAGAUGGCGGUCUCUACGGAAGGUUCAGACUUGGAAGCCUCAUUGCUCAGUUUUGAAAAGUUGGACAGGGCAUCUCCAGACUUGUGGCCAGAGCAAUUACCAGGUGUUGCUGAAUUUGCAGCUUCUUUUAAAAGUCCCAUCACCAGUUCUCCACCUAAAUGGAUGGCUGAAUUAGAUGAUGAUAUCGACAUGUUGAGAGAGCUGGGAAGUCUCACUACAGCUAAUCUGAUGGAGAAGGUUAGAGGUUUACAGAAUUUGGCAUAUCAGUUGGGACUGGAUGAAUCCAGAGAAAUGACUAGAGGAAAAUUCCUGAACAUUCUGGAGAAACCCAAGAAGUAACGGAAUAUGUACACUUAAAAAAAAGCAGCCGCACCUUGUUAUUUUGGAACUUCUAGAAUUGUCCACAUAAGCUGAAAUGAAAGGACCAAACUCAUUGUUUCACCUUUCUUUGAGGAUAACUGUUCUGGAUUUCUUCAGCAUUGACCACCAUCAGUUCUCUUAACCUCCUGGCUGCAGUUGAUCUUGCCCUGUUUACCUUAAUGAAAAGAAAAGGACUCAUUUACUCAUGGUUGCUGCACACAACUAUAAUAAUAUGCAUCUUGUGAUAAUAGCCUUGUCCCAGAGCAGUACACAGCAUAGCACUUCUCUAUGUACGUCCAUCCCACAUCAUUACAAGACAAGCACUUUAUAAUAUUUGCUACUGGACAAAUGCAUAAUUUGAGAUGAAAACUGACUAGUAUUCUUUAAUACAGAUAAUCCUAAUUUUAUAAUUGUACAAGUUAGCAAUUUAUAUUGAUUUUAUUAGGUACAAAGGCUGCAGAAAAAAAUAAGGAUUGUAUCAUUCUUGCAUGUUUCUGUAAUUUUAGAUAUAGGAUGGGAUGGGAGGUAACAUUCCAUCAAAUUUAUGUUUGGUUGAUUUUAAGCUACCUAAAUAUGACUGCAGUGGAAGUGUGAAGAAAAAAACUAAAGAGAAUAAGAAAAAAACACUCAUAUGAAGAAAACAUAUGUCCUGUGCUCAGCUUAAUCAUAUACGCUUUCAUUCAGCUUCAGAUAUCUUAUCUCUUAAAAAGUGUCUAAAGGCAAAAUAAAUUCUCUGUCAUAUCAGAAUUUUCCCAAAAGCAAAUAAUAUCUUUUUAGGCUACCCAUUUUGUAUUGUAUCCAUAGCUCUAGAAAAGAUAACUCCAAAUUAGAUUUCUCUUUCGGGUAUACAUAGAAGAUGCUUUGUACAGUAUAUAGAAGUAACAAUUAUAUAUUGAAAAGCCAUGAUUUCUCUUUAAUUGUCCUUCUUUUCCAGAAAUACUUUUAAACUAGCUGGCUGGCAACACACCAGGUCAAGGUCUUUGUAUUGAUUUCUCUACAAUAAAGCACUGAAUAGGGUUUCCAUGAACCUGGUACUUAGAUUUUAUGAGAUAUGGUGACUUGAAAAUAUUGGAGUUUAAAAUGUCAAAUUAGAAAAAGUUGUGCUAGUUACAUUUGGGGAAUUACCAAGCUAAAGUUAAGCACUUUUACAUCCCAUUAAGUGAUAUUAGAGUAUCUUCCCCCAUUGUGGAAUAAGCUGAAUUAAGAAAGGCCUAAUUUUGGAUUCUGGCCUGCAAAUGUUUUAAUAAAAAACAUUUUUCUCUGAUGAAAAAAAAUAUUAAUAUUGGAUGCAUAUCAAAACUUUGAUUUUUUAAAAAAGUUUUGACAUUCUAACAAAUCUUUGAAGUUUUCAACAUGCAACUGUAUACUGUUCAAUUUAUUGUAGCAGUAAUGCAAUUUUGGAAAUGUAAGAAUGCAAUAUAAGCAAGAAAACAGUAUGCAAUUAUACUGUAACUGAUGACCAUUUUCUGUAUUCUGGUAGUUUGUAAAUUACAUGAGAGAGAUAUUUCUUGUGUACGGUAAAUCAGCCAUAUUUCCAUUUUAAAUUAUUAUAUAUACUGCAUUUUUUCUAGAACAGAGGUUCUAGAUUAUAAUAUUCUACUCAUAUGCCAUACAUCAAAUGGCAAUUCACAAAGUUUGCCCUGUCAUGACAUAUUUGCAGACCUAGGAUUCACAUGCUAAAAUAUUGCAUCCAUGCCAAUGAUGGCAAAACUAUAAAUGAUGAUGAACAGCUAGCAAAAAAAUACUAGGAGCAGAAAAAAUGUGCUGACUCCUCAAAGAAAAAGUUUGUUUUUCAAUGAUAACCUAAUAUUUAUAUUUUUGUUUAGGAAUACUGAAAUUGUUACCUUUUUGUUGUGGGUUUUAAUAUAUAAUAACACAGAGUUGAGCAUUUUGAAUAUCCUAAUGAUUGAAGGAUGAGAAGAGGUAGAUUUUAAAUCUCACAUUCAAACAAAGUGUUGACUUUUGAUGUAUUAUCUGUCCAAAAUGCAUUUGGAGCCUUGGUUAUGGGCAACUUAUAGAUAAGAUCCCCACUGCCAGAUCUGAUUGGUUAACCUCUUUGACAUUUGAAAAUAUUUCUUUUUAUUCUAAAAAUUUGUAAUUCUGAACAUAUACCAAAUUAUUGUAUAUGCUUUAAGUAGAGAUAUUUAUAUUUUAAUGGAUAGAUAUGUUAAAUAUUUAGUAAAAGUGCCCUACAUCAGAAAUUUGUAUGUUACAAUUUUGUGCUUUUGAUAGUAAAUAAAAAGUUACAUUUUUAAAACAUUCCUGUGAACUCUAGACUGUGAAUCAUACUUCUUAAAUAAAUCCCAGACUGACAUCAUGCAUA